GCUACAGGUCGGUGUCGGCGCGCUGCGGUACAUCCCUUUCGCCGGCGUCACGCGUGCGUGUUAGGAGAGGGAGUGUAAAGAUUGAGUAAUACAAAGAAGAGGCCUCCUGCAACCUCCUAAUACCCUGAAGAUUAACGUUGAUCAUGCUGAGAUUUGGGCAGCACCUCAUCAAGCCCUCUGUGGUCUUCCUGAAGACUGAGCUCUCCUUUGCUCUCGUGAACCGGAAGCCGGUGGUCCCAGGACAUGUCCUUGUUUGUCCUCUGCGGCCAGUGGAGCGUUUCCGUGACUUGUGUCCCGAGGAAGUGGCCGAUUUAUUUCACGUGGCGCAAAGGGUUGGCAACGUCGUGGAGAAACACUUCUGCGGCACCUCGCUCACCAUUUCAAUUCAGGAUGGCCCCGAAGCUGGACAAACGGUGAAGCAUGUUCAUGUCCAUGUCCUUCCAAGGAGGGUCGGAGACUUCAGCAGGAAUGACAAUGUCUACGAGGAGUUGCAACGACAUGACAAAGAGGAUUCCUCUGACAAGUGGAGGACAGAAGAAGAAAUGGCAGCUGAAGCAGCAAUUCUAAGGAAGUAUUUUCAAGAAAAUUAAAGGUAACAAAGUGUUUGAAAAACAUCCCAUGACAUAAGAAACUCCCCGCAAAGACAGACCUCAUUCUCCAGUUCUCAGUGGCCCUGGAGCUGCAGCUGAACAAUUUUAUUGUGUUCUACAAAUAUGGGAUUAUUCCAUGAAAAAUUUUGUUGGACCUUUGGAUAUCAUCAAGGUUGAAUUUCAGCUAAGACAACUAACAGCACUGAUUCAAAAUAUUGCUCUGAGUAGUAACUCAUAUUUUUCCGAAUUGUGUACUUGGGAACAAACCUUUUUAAAUUGUCCCUUGGCCUAAAUUGAAAUAAAGUGCUAGCAAAAUCCGGUAGCUACUGCGUUUAGGUACAUUACAAAGUGUUUAGUCCAUGUUGUGCUUUCUGAUUCGGUUAUUGUAUGUGGGCUAUUAUAUCAUAGAAAAAUUAGAUCUUUUAGCAGUAUGACAAUUCAUAAAAACCAAGGCUUUGUUACAGACUAGCCAAGAUAAACUUGGCGAGCUACCCUUUUGUCAGGUAAGGUAGUAUAACAAGAAAUAUAACACUUCCUAUGAUCUUUCCUUUCUCUGUUUCUUUUGAAGCAUUGUCACAAUGCUCCUGGAGCUUAAGGUGAUACAAAACACUUCUGCAAAUCAAUUAAUAUGUAAAGCUUCUACUGGGAUAGUAAUCACAUUAGGGUUAGACUGCCACGAACGUCCUGCUUGCAGCAACAACCAACAUGCGUGGGAGCCACCCGUGUGGAACGCUCCCUCAGCAAGAAAUGCUGUGUUCGGAGCCCUGCAUAGGAAGAAACCCGCCAUGGGUUAGUUGUUGAUUGCUAACAUGAUAAAGGAAAAGAAGUCAAACAACAGAUGGAAGAGAGAAGAAAUGAGUCUGCAAGAUAUGCAUGAAAAGAGCACCCGUAAUCUUGCUCUUGAAUUGCGGGGAAGUGACAACCGAAGCUUUCUGUGUCCCCUGAACUCAGGAUGGAAAAGAAAAUGCACCAAGUCUUUCAAUAAGUCGUGGGCUGUAGGGUGCCGUGUCUACCUGAAGGCUUGAGGAGGUCAGGUCCAAACCAGAGCCCGGCAGUGCUUUGCAUGCCUGGCAGCACAGUGUGGUCGCUGUCCAGAACAAAUGAAAAUGCUCCACAAUAGUCUGUCCUAGAGGGUUGCAACCUGACCUGAGAAGUAGGAAAAUGCACAACGGAUGAACUCCCAUAAUUUUCCCUAAGUCUCUCUCUGCUAUGUACUGCAGAGGAAUUCAGUUCGUUGGUUUGGAGUCUUUGUGCUGGUCAAAUAUAAAUAGAAACGCUAGAGCAAAAUCACUGAUGUUUGAUUCCAGAUUUUACUGUGGUGCUGUUAAAAUAUUGCUCCUGAAAAGCCAGGCUGAUUCAAAGGUUUACCGUGACCCAAUGUGACCACCAAUAUCUU